AUGUCUGCCAGAACCUCAAGCUCGGGUCGCAUCAUCGGUGACCUCCUGCGAACAUCCAGACCUAGCCCACCAUGCGACCACCUUCGCUUCCGGCAAGCAUUCUGCAAAUCCCCCCGGCAGUCGCGCCAUGUUUCUACGGCAGCUCCUCAACUUUCUGAGAUGGAGGUUGAUGCAGACAGGCCUCCGCGUUGGUCUCAAACGCCUUCAGCACUAAAGGCCCCCGUGCGUGUACGCCCACCACGGAUACAAACACCUCUCAAAAUCAACAAGGAUCAACGCAAGCUAGAUGACUUCUAUGUCAAGUUUUUAGGAAGAGAUGGAGACAAAAUGCUGUCAGAAGAAACCAAAUGGCUUGCUGUCACGAACAAGAGCUUUGACGCUGGAAGGAGAGGAUUCAAUGACCGGCUUGCAUUUUUCGGCAAACGAAUACUCGAGCUCCAAUGCUCACUAGGACUAAUCAGCGUCGCGGACGCUUCACGCUACCCAAAGAGCAAGGAACUGGAUCCCUAUGGCCGGCAACCGUUCGGGCACCCUGCAACCGAGUCCGUAGAGUGUCUAUUGGGGGGUGCUCAUCAUUGGUUCACAAGUCACAAGCAACUCUCGACGUUGGCAGAACAAUACGGGUUACCAGAAGUGGUACGGUGGCAUCCUAGAGACCCCGACCGUCUUCAAGCAUCUGGCUCUGAACUCGUCUACUCGCAAGCCAUCCUCGCGAUCAUCGGCGCUUUGGCCCUGGAACAAGGUGGUGCAGUGGCUAACCAAAUAGCAAAGGAGAAGGUACUCGUGCCACUUGGACUGAAAUUAAACUGGAAACCCAAGGCCGAGCUGGCGCAGCCGUCGCAGCCACAAAGAUAA